AUGAGUCUUAGAGACCCGAAUCCAGUAACUAACACACCCGGAUCCUUUUCGGAUCCAGGCGGGUUCGCUAUAAACAGCAGAAUCAUGUUCACCGCCAUAAUCAUAAUCAUAUUCUUCGUCAUUCUCAUGGUCUCUCUUCACCUCUACUCUCGUUGCUACCUCCACCGCUCUCGCCGUUUCCACAUCCGCCGCUUAAACCGUAGUAGACGCGCCGCCGCCGCUAUGACCUUCUUCGCCGAUCCUUCCUCCUCCACCUCCGAGGUCACCACUCGCGGUCUCGACCCCUCCGUCGUCAAAUCUCUUCCCACUUUCACGUUCUCCGCCGCAGCCGCCCCGGACGCGAUCGAGUGUGCGGUUUGCCUCUCGGAGUUUGAGGAGAGCGAACCGGGUCGGGUUUUGCCCAAUUGCAAGCACGCGUUUCAUGUUGAGUGCAUUGAUAUGUGGUUUCUUUCUCAUUCCUCUUGUCCUCUGUGCCGAUCGCUCGUCGAACCUAUCGCCGGAGUUGUAAAAACUGCGGCGGAGGAAGUCGCGAUUUCGAUUUCUGACCCGGUUUCAGGCGACACAAACGACGUUAUAGGAGCUGGGACUUCCGAUCAUGAAGAUUCCAGGGGGAAACCGGCGGCGAUUGAAGUCUCAACGAGGAAUCUCGGAGAAUCGGAGAACGAGUUGAGUCGGAGUAACUCGUUUAAGUCACGGGUGAUAUCUUCCACGCGGAUUUUCAGCAAAGAACGGAGAAGCGCUUCGUCGUCUUCUUCUAUCGGGUUCCCUCCGCCUCCGGUCUCUAGCAUGCCGAUGACGGAGUUAGAUAUCGAGUCUGGAGGAGAAGAGCCUCGUUGACUUUAAGACGCUAAAUUUUUACUGCUACGUGGACGUGUAUGAUUUGUUAUAAAUGUUUCCUUGUUUAGAGCUAAGAUGCGGAGAUGAAAUAAUUCUUUGUUAGGGCAUCAGCAUUGGGACUUCUUAAGCCCAUUUCUUAGUAAAUUUGGGUCGAAAUUUAAAUCAAAAAGGCUGGAUAUGUUUGGAAAAACUUCUAAGUUAAGAAGUUAUU